AUGUUUCGAUCAUCUGCGGAAUUGUUAUAUGAUAAGCUACACGGUGUAGCCUGUCUAUUUAAACCGGCUGAUAUGCAAAUGCAACAUUUUUUUAUUGUCCUACAAGAAAGAUUAGCGUCAGCAUUCAAUCAAAUGCCGUGUCGGUCAGCAAUGCAGCGCAUAGAUAUUAAACGUGAUGAAACUACAGGCAAGGAAAUCGUUGUUUCCUCGGUCGAUCUGAGUGAUACGGUGCAAGUGUUGGGUCCGCGGUAUCAACCCGAGGAUUUUGAUAUCAAAGCAAUUUUUCCACUCGAAUCGUUCUCGUCCGGACUACAGAUUGUUAGUAUUAAUGAUAAUUCAAAACUUCUAGAACAGAUUCAAAAUGGCCAACCGUUACGGUGUUAUCAUGUUCAAGGCAGAUUGGGUGAAUCGACGAAUACACUCGAUGCAAAUGGAGUCAUUGUUGAAAAAAGCACUUACAAACAUGUAAAUCGAUCGAAAAUCGAACGUGUAUGUGCUCUAAUUCAAAGUAGUUUUCAAGCAUCUAUGUACAAAAUGUCAGGUAUUAGUCCAUUUACUCAAGCUGGUUUCGAAUUAGCCAAAGGUGGUUUAUGGAAACCGCGUGAUCAUACGUUACCACCUAUUGUUUACGGUUUAAAAUUACUGAAUUUCAAAGCGCCUUUCUUCGAUAUUGAAAUGCACGUCAUCAAUGAGCAAGAAAUGCAUUUGAAAGAAGUUAUUCUUGACAUUGGUAUACGUUUACGCACGAGUACACUAUCUGAAUCCGUGCGUCGAACGAAGAUCGGCCCAUUGAUGAUUCAGCAUUCCUUAGUCAUUGAUGAAAUAACGCCUGAAACGUUAAUUACAAACAUCAAUACCAUCGAAACGAUUAUAGACAAAUCCAAUUUACUGGAUAAAACAGUUCUCGUCAAUAGGACACAUCGAGACGAAACAAAAUUACUUGGAAAACAGCCUGAUGAGAAUACCGUUGACCUUUAUAAAACAAAACGAUACAUUACUCAAGAUUCAUACACCCGCCCUAUUGAAGAGUCAGAUGAUAAUACAAAUAGAUAG